UUAAAAUUUUAUUUUUAUAUUUAACAAAAAAAAGAAACCCUCUUCGUCGUCGUCGUCGUCUUCUUCUUCCUCGCUCCCGUUCCAUUUUCUAGGGUUUUCGUUUUUCGCUCGCUCGCCGAUCCGCGGGGAAGGGCGACGCCAUGGAGGAGGACGCGAAGAGGAAGGAGGAGCCGCGGAGGAGCGAUCGGGAGAGGGAGAAGCGGAGGGAGGAGCGCGACGGGGAGAUCCGGCGAUCGGAGGGUGAGCGGAGCUCCGGCGACAAGCACCACCAUCACCACCACCACCAUAAGAACCGCCACAGGGAGAAGGAGAAGGAGAAGGAGAAGGAGAAGGAGAAGGAGAGGGAGAGGGUGAAGGAGAAAGAGAAG